UCGUUAAAGAAGGGUCCUCUUCGUUCUCGCGCCCGACGAUGACGCAUUCUUUCAGCGCCAUGUCCUGAGGAGGUGUCAGCAGACUGGAGCAGUUGGAAGGCAUCGGGCGGAGCGGUUCAGUUGCUGACCGGAAGGGUGUUACAGGCAGUGGCUUGUUCUUGGUAAUCUCCUGUCAGAGCAAGAACUAUGUCAUGGAUCAAGGAAGGAGAGCUGUCACUUUGGGAGCGAUUCUGUGCCAACAUCUUAAAGGCAGGCCCGGUGCCCAAGCAUAUUGCCUUUAUAAUGGAUGGAAACCGUCGCUAUGCCAAGAAGUGCCAGGUGGAACGGCAGGAGGGCCACUCACAGGGCUUCAACAAGCUGGCUGAGACCCUGCGCUGGUGUUUGAACUUGGGCAUCAUGGAAGUGACAGUCUACGCGUUCAGCAUCGAGAACUUCAAACGCUCAAAGAGUGAGGUAGAUGGGCUAAUGGAUCUGGCCCGGGAGAAGUUCAGCCGCUUGAUGGAGGAACAGGAGAAACUGCAGAAGCAUGGGGUGUGUAUCCGGGUCCUGGGUGAUCUGCAUUUGUUGCCCUUGGAUCUCCAGGAGCUGAUUGCACAAGCUGUGCAGGCCACCAAAAACUACAACAAGUGUUUCCUGAACGUCUGCUUUGCAUAUACAUCCCGCCAUGAGAUCAGCAAUGCUGUGAGAGAGAUGGCCUGGGGAGUGGAGGAAGGCCUCCUGGAUCCCAGCGAUAUCUCUGAGUCUCUGCUUGAUAAGUGCCUCUAUACCAGCUGCUCUCCUCAUCCAGACAUCUUGAUACGGACUUCUGGGGAAGUAAGGCUGAGCGACUUCUUGCUGUGGCAGACCUCCCACACCUGCCUGGUGUUCCAGCCUGUUCUGUGGCCAGAAUACAAAUUUUGGAAUCUCUGUGAGGCCAUCCUGAGAUUCCAGAUGAACCACAGUAUGCUCCAGCAGAAAGCCCGAGACAUGUAUGCUGAGGAGCGGAAGAGGCAGCAGCUGGAGAGGGACCAGGCUGCCGUGACAGAGCAGCUGCUGCGAGAGGGGCUUCAGGCCAGUGGGGACGCCCAGCUCCGACAGACAUGCCUGCACAAACUCUCAGCCAGACGGGAAGAGCGGGUGCACAGUUUCCUGCAGGCCUUGGAACUCAAGCGGGCUGACUGGCUGGCACGUCUGGGCACUGCAUCAGCCUGAGUGAGGCUGGCCACUUGCCACUUUGCCUGCCCCUGCCUUCAGGGCCCCACUCCCCUUUCUUUUUUUGGUGAAAGCACCUCCCUCCUGAUGAUGAAUUGUGUUCCCUUUGCUUGGCAGUGGAGCCCCCAAGGCCAGGUCUGCUGGCCUUUGUGCUAUCUGGGAUAGUGUCCCUGAGGACAGUUGAGGGUGAGAGUCCCCCACGAAACUCACUUGUGGUCACCAGUAGGUUUGGAGAGCAGGGAGCCCCCAGCUCUUCAGCUGCCUGCUCCUUCCACCUUUACCAUCACUGCCUAUGCUCCUAGAAGCACUUCCUUUUUCCACCAGCAUACCCUUCAACACACAGGACUGUGGGAGGAGGUCUCUCCCAUACCUUAUCCUUUCUCCACCCAUCUUAGCCUUCUAUCAAACUUUCACAAAAGAUUUGGCUCCCACCGUGGAUCUGCUGGUAAAUAGCUAAUAGGCAGCCGCUAUUUGGGCAAGGAAGAAAGAGGUGGGAGAGACGGAAGGAAAUUUGCCCAUCUGCCGCUCCUCCCUCUUGGCUCUCCACCUGGGAUUCGCUAUUGAAUUUUGCCACCCCCUUCCUGCCACACAGUACUGAUUGCUCACUGAAAGGCUCAGCGCCCCCAAUGGCGCGCAAAAGCCAGGCGGGUGAUUACAAUCCAAUUACCUAUUGUCGACUCAGCCCACACAAGCUUUACUCCUCCUCCAGGAGGGCAUGGGGCCAGGCUCCACUCCCCAUUGAGACUGGGCCCCCUCCAUGGCUGCAGGAUAACAGAAGGGCCUGCAGGCUCUUGUGCCUCUAAUGCAGCCCUGGCCUCCUACCCUGUAACAUCAGGACCAGGAGCACAGAAAAAAGCACUUCUCAUCACCUGAACUCUGAUUCCCAUUUCCUCCGCCUCCUUAGUCUCAGAGGUGUCACUUAGCUUUUUGACCUGGUCCUCUGAGCAUGUCCUGAGAUGAUUUCUUCUCAGUGUGGCAGAGUCCCAGCUCGUUCCAAGCCCUCUUCCAUUUGUGAGGGUCAAGACUGCCCAGCAGGAAGAAGAGGGCCGAGUCAAGAGCUGUGCCCUUUCCCUUCCCUUUCCCUUUCCCUUUCCUGUCCAGGCCUCACUGUGGAGCUGCCGGGAGGAUUAGUGCCUUGGAAACACCGUCUGCCUGGGCAUCUCUGUGCUUCAGGUGCUCCAGAGCAGCAAGCACCAGCCAGUAAUACCAAGCUAAUGCCACUGUUUAGUCUUCCCAUUUUACCUCCUGUAAGCUGUUGCCCCAGCACCUCCCUCUAGGGGACAACUAAGGGUCUGGUAAGCAGUGUGAAGGGUAUAUUCUUCAGAGCCCUAACUUUGCUACACCCUGGACCCCUCUUCCCCUCUUUGUGCCUGGAUACCUGGCACAAGAGACACCUUGGCUCCCAGAAUCAAGCAUAAUGCCACUCAGUGCGAUUGAGAAGCCAAUCAAUGCACCCUUUGGCAAGCUCCACCCCCCACCUGGCACUCCCCACUACCAAUCCCUGGCACAGGGUUCCUGGAGAGCAGGUGCUGUACAUUUUCUAGCUUUACAAUGGGGCUGUUGACAGCUCUAAUUAGAGAGGCAUGAAUUAUGCGGCUAUAAUGCAGAGCCCUACAAUUAAGGCAGGAAUGAGGGGCUGGAGGCAGCAAACGGAAUCUGCCCUGUGAGUGGAUGUUGAGUCCUGUCUCCCUGCCUUUCUGUGCCUGACUCUCCUUAAUGUGAUUGGGGUACAGCAGAGGUGAUUAAUGGAACUGGUAUUUCCCUUUGGCCUGGGGGUCUGUAUUCUUGGGAAUGUGCAUAGGGUGGAGUAAGGAAGAACUGCCCCAGGAGGCACUGUGGGUGUGGAAAGGAGAGGUGGCAGAGGGGCCACUGUAGCCCAGGAGCAGGAGCUGUGAAGUAGUCGAUUUGAACUCACUGUGGUUGCUUUGCACUGGUAUGAUCUGUACAAACCAGCUUCAGUGUUUGCUUUGAGAAACCCGGUGGGACCUCUUUAAAUGUCCUCUCACCUAUGAGCCAAGCCCUAAUUUGAGGCUAUUUACCAUGUUCUUGUGUUCUCCUGGGCCUCAAACAGAAUUAAAUAUGUUUUCUUGGUUCUAAAACUUA